AUGGCAAAUCCCGGUCUUACUGCAUGUGCAGUAACCGGGGCAAUUGGCGCCACUAUUAUUGCCUUUCCUGCCCUUGACACUCUACCCUUGCUUGCUUUAGGAGGGUUUGGCGCUGGUGGUGUGCAGGCUGGAAGUCCCGCAGCUGCCGUUCAAGCUGGUAUUGGAAAUGUCGCAGCAGGUUCCUGGUUCGCCAUUGCCCAAAGUGCAGCUAUGGGGGGCUCUGGAAUUGCAAUUGCAAAUGCAGCCGUUGAAGUCGGCGCAGUUGUUGUAGCUGCUGGUGGAGCUCUUGGUCGCGGAGUUCUAGGAUCGUCCUAGUCAGAGUCGAAAGACGAAGAUUCCGUCCAGGGCAGUGAUGACGAUGAUGAAACCACACCAGAAGGCGAAGAUGGUCAGGAAGAGGGCCGUACCGAAGAUCCAGCAAACACUCAGGGUGAUGAACAAGCACACAAAUGAUACAUAUCCUAGGGUAUCGAUUCAACGUUCCACAAAGAGAUUCUUGGUCGCACAGAAGAUUCUCCGGCCUUCUUGUUCCGGACAGGCUUGAAAUUGCAGAAUAAGAAACCAGGACACUAUGGAGAAGUGGCAGAUGAAUUGCAGGAUUAAGCGACAACGAGGUGACUUCCUUCUCCAGAUAGAUUAAGCUUCCAAUUUCCCCGCAUCAAGCAGGCACGGAGUGGAACUUGCCGCCUUGGCAUUGUCCACCAUGGAUCUCGACCUUGGAAGCCCAAUGCAUAUCUCCUUUGAUCCGCUGCG